AUGAAGUCAAGCGAGAUAAAAUCACUUCAAUCUGGAAUCAAAACUUUAGAAGAAAAAUUAGCCUUAGCUCAAAAAGAUUUGUCAAAAAAACAUUCCGAAAUUUUAUCUCUCAAAGACAAAUUGGCUAAGUUACAGAUUACUACGCAAGAAAAUGACUCAAACAGACAUAUCAAAAAAAUAUUCCGAAUUUUGUCUCUUAAUUCUGAGCUAAGUGAGUUAAAAAUCGAGCUGACGCUGGAAGCCAGUGAUACUAUUGAAACUUCUGGAGUUUCUGACCCACCUUUGCUCUGCGAUGGUACCACUGAGUCCGUAGUUGAGUCUGUAGUUGGUGGAGAUGUACAACAGCAUAGAUUAGAAGAAGCGGAGCUUCGAGUCUUCGACUCAUCUGAGUCCCAGGAGAGCGCUUCUAAUACACGUGAUAGCCAAAUAUUUGGCUCACAGAACGAGGAUGUUUCUGAGUUUAGCCUUCGUCCUUUUUUGAUUAAAAGGCCAAGUUUGGAAUCAAUAAAAAAUAUUGAGAAUACACGUAAAUUUUCUACUUGCUUCACAGGCCGUACAUCAGCAGAGAGAAAAGAUAGUAUUGAUAGCGAGAAGAAGAGUUCUAUAGAUAGCUUGAUACAAAAUAUGGAGCAGACAAAAUCUGACUCACAUAUGUCUAUGCUUCCGUACGGCAGUGGUUACACAGGAGGAAUAGAGGCGCCAAUGGUACCACUGCAAGCUGCUUAG